AUGCCUCCUGUGCAGGAUACUCGCCAACAUGCGAGCAUGCAGAUUCCGUCCAGCCCAUCUGCCAACUCUAUGAUAGCGAGUCGGUUUUAUUCCUCCUUUCAGUCUGGCGAUUCCACCUCUCCAUCUCGACCAUCUUCUCAGCACAAUCGAUCAAAAAGCCAACCUUUGCCGGGUCAGCAGUCCAUGUCAUCAAUAGCUGGGUCUGCAAACGGCGUAUCUUGGUCAUCUCGGCCUCUUUCUGAUGUCAAUGAAGCAGAGGAACGGACCUCGCAGGCUGAGCAAGAGGGAGAGCCAUCAUCAAUUCUAUCAAAAUCGCCUGAACCGGAAGCACCGUUUCAACAUGACAUGCAGCCACAACCUCACCAGGAGCAUGACGAGCUCAACGACAAGGAAGAUCUCGUCGAUGGCCCUGCGCAAUACCAAAUCAAUAUCUACCUAGAUGAUGCCAAAAGCCCGAUAGUCCACGCACAAGAACAAUUUUCAGCCCCGAGCCCCGGCUUCAGCCUGAGAUCCGACAAACCUCACGAUCCCCGGGCCGAUCACAGCAGCACCUACCACCCCACCUCCGAGCCUUCAAGCCCUAAAAGCCUCCAUAUCGACCUCUCAGCCCACCCCCACCGCAGCGAAGCGCGAUCCCUCAAUGAGACAGCUGAGCCGGUCGAGCUCGCCCUCACCAAGGAUGACUCCAGCGAGGAGAUCAUUAUGUCCUCCACGGCGUAUCCAGGCCAAGAAUGGACGCCGAUGCAUUACUAG